AUGCCAACUACUGGUCUGCCUCCUGGAAGUGAGAUGCAUAAUUAUCUUGCUCGCGAAGAGGACCGUUCUGGUUACCCAAUGGUAAAGGACACAAAAACGAUUGGAUCUGCGUAUGAUCGCUACCUUCAGAGUGGGCAACUUUCUUCAUUUACUUCUGCUGGGGAAGCCAGUACAAUUGGUGCUCUUGGGUUGCAAAGGGGUGUUGGUGGAUUACCGAACCAUUCACUAGGUGAUCCCGCUCUCAUGGGGCGUCAUGGGGGUGGUGGUCCUGAUUUUCCACCGAAUGGACGGGGUAUCAAUUAUGGGUUUCAGCCACCUGUGGAUUCAAUUUCAAGGCCUGGACCGGAGACAGCACUCCUACCCCCAGAUGCUUCCCCUACGUUAUAUAUUGAAGGUCUACCUUCUGAUUGUACAAGAAGAGAAGUGGCUCAUAUUUUCCGCCCUUUUGUUGGAUACAGAGAAGUGAGACUUGUCAGCAAAGAGGCCAAACAUCGUGGAGAUCCUUUGAUCCUUUGUUUUGUGGACUUUGCAAAUCCAGCUUGUGCAGCAACUGCUUUGAGUGCCUUGCAAGGCUAUAAAGUUGAUGAAAUCAAUCCCGAGUCUAGUUAUUUGCGGCUUCAGUUUUCUCGGUAUCCAGGCCCAAGAAGUGGAGGUGGUCCAAGAAGUAGUGGACCCGGUCCAAGAAGUGGAUCUGGAUCUCGUGGUGGUAGGAGGUGA